AUGCUCGAGCCGGUCAACCAUCAACCGGAACACUCGAAUUUGUGGAAACCGAAAAACGCGCGGCGACACGGUUCUCAUGGCGGCCGUGGCGGACAUGGCCGGCGGUUUAAUCGGCAAGUAUCAGCCUCGGAAAUGCCGACAAACUUCAGCUGGGUCGAGAAGGGAAUGACGACUGACGUGAAGAUCCAGGAGACGUGCUCCUCAUGCUGGACGUUUAGUACAAACGCCGUCCUCGAAACCGUUUACGCCAUCAAAAACGGAGGGGAUAAACUGGAUCUAUCAGAGCAGCAAUACAACUGCGUCUACCAGCGGUCAGUUUGCGGGUCCGGAUGGCCGGAGGGCAGCCUGGGAUACGCGAAAAUGCAUGGAGUGGGCUACGAAGCUGAUCACCCCUAUAAUACGACCGACGAGAAGUGUAUUGAGGUCAAACCUCAAGUGAAAGUCUCCGAGUUCUACUCGCUGAUGCCGUUCGACAUGAACGAGCUGAGACAGGAAAUCAUGAACACCGGACCGAUAGCUUUUGGUAUGUGGCUAACUGAGGAUUUCCCGUUAUACGCCGGUGGAAUUUAUACUGAACAGUGUACCGAGGAUAAGCCAAAACUCGGUGGACACGCUAUGGCAAUCGUUGGAUGGGGUGAGGAGCUGAACCCGGAAACCAAUGAAACGGUCCCCUACUGGAUCGUCAAGAAUUCUUGGGGAGACUUCUGGGGUGAGGAUGGAUACGUGAGGAUCCAAGCCGGCGUCGAUUUGUGCAAUAUGGAAACAAGGUACCUCUGGUCGGCCGAGAUCACUGAAGACAAGGCCGAAGACCGCCCCGAAGACGACGUUCCGGAUGCGGAGAACCAGAAGCUGGGUGAGGAGGCCGACAAGGAGAAAGAGGAGGCGGAGAAGGAGGAUGAUGAAGAGGACGCCAAAGUGGAAGAGGAUUUGAACGAUGUUCUUUCUCAAUUG